AUGUCUGGCUCGGGAAGUGGAAUUGGAGUUGGACACGGCGGAGGCUCUGGUGGUUCUGUUCGUGAAGCUGGGGGAUCCUUGGGAGCUCUUGGAGCAACUCGAGAAGAGGAAUACUUCCGCAGACAGCAGAAGGAGCAGCUGGAUAACUUGAGAAGCAAGUUGGAAUCUGAUAUGACCCAACGCCAAAAGGAGAUUCAGGAUCAUGAGAAGGUUCUCGAACGACAUCAACAACGUUUGAAGGAAAUCGAAAAUGGACACAAUUCAGAGAAAUAG